GUCCGGUCUCUCCACAUAAAACUGAUCUCCGAUCGGCUGCUUGGUUAUUUACCUAUAUUAUCACACCAGCAACAAAAAACUGCAACUGACUGAGGACCAGAAAAUAUUUGGUGGUGUAACAGUUGAAAAUGACCCGACGCAUAUAACGCGGAACCUUUAAACUAAGUCGAUGUGUGCUCAACGGACAAAGGACAGUUACGCCACCAAUGUUACUACGCUACCGUAGUGCAGUUUUUUAUUUUUCACCAGUCGAGAUGUUACGAAAUUGAUUCGCGAUGAUGCACACAUUCUUCAAGGACGGUUAAACCAAGUUAACUCCAGAGUUUGCAAUUUAGCGUACAUUUUUUCGCGGGGUUCAAACUUUUUUUACAGUAAUCAUGGGAGUGCAGGGACUGUGGAGGCUGCUGGAGAGCACAGGGAAACCCAUCAACCCCGAGACACUGGAGGGACAGAUCCUUGCUGUUGAUAUCAGUUUAUGGCUGAACCAGGCAGUGAAGGGGGUGAGGGACCGUGAAGGCAACAGUGUCCACAACGCCCACCUCCUCACUCUCUUCCACCGCAUCUGUAAGCUGCUGUUUUUCCGCAUCAGGCCAGUCUUUGUGUAUGAUGGGGACGCACCACUGCUGAAGAAGCAGACUCUGGCUCUGAGGAGGCAGAGGAAGGAGGAGCUGAGCCGAGAGUCCAAACAAACCAAUGAGAAACUCCUCAAGACAUUCCUGAAGAGACAGGCUAUCAAAGCUGCACUUGGAGACCGCAGUAAGGAUCCUCUACCCAGCCUCUCCAGUGUGAGGAGAGAUGAGGUGGAUGAUAUGUAUGUCCUACCCGCCCUGCCACCUGCAGAGGAGAAGGACAAAAGCAGUUCAGAAGAGGAGGAAGAGAAAGAUACGGAGGAGAUGUUUGACAGUUAUCACAUGUAUCAGGGGGAAAUGUAUGAUGACCCCAACUCUGUGGACAUCAACUCAGAGGAGUUUGCCAGCCUUCCUCCAGAAAUGAAACAUGAGAUACUCAAAGACAUGAAAGAGUUUUCCAAAAGACGCCGGACUAUGUACCACAAACCUCCAGAGUGUUCAGGAGACUUUUCCCAGUACCAGCUGGCCGGUCUGCUGCAGAGGAACCAGCUGAACCAACGUCUGGAGAGUGUGGAGAAAGAGAUGAGCCAGCGGAGCGCCGGCAGCGCCCCGCAGCUCUACCAACAGGAUGGCGACCAGCAGAGUCACGACAUAGAGUCACACCGACUGGUUUCAGAAGACCAUUCCCACUAUAUCCUUAUUAAAGGCUCCAGAAAAAGUGAGAAUGUCCCGGAGAGUCAACCCGCAGCAGCUCCCUGGUCUGGGAGCUCCCUGUCAGGCUGUAAGAGGCGAGGAGCGGACAAACCUGAGCCCCUGUGGCGUCCUGUCUGUGAGGAAGACGCAGACGUGCGGGGUUCCUCUCCAGAAGACUCUAAACCCUCUGUAUCUAAACCCUCCGUUUCCACUCAGGGAGACACAUCACCCCCCUCGCCUCGUACACUCACAGCUAUACAGGCUGCGAUGAACGGCAGCUCGGACGAGGAGAAGGUGGAGCAGGAUGAGAAGGAUGGCAGUGUGUCUCCACGUACUCUGCUGGCCAUCCAACAAGCUCUGGCUGAGGAGGAGGAGGAUGCAGCAGAACGUAGGACUCUAAUCAGUAGCUCACCCACCAAGCCACAGGUGCAUAUUCGUCAUCCUGUGCCACAAGUGGUCAUCAGCAGCUCAGAGGAAGAGACAGGACCAGAUGUUUUGCCAAAGUCGAAUUCUUUAUCCAAUGAAAAAUUCUAUUUUAAGGUAGACCCAACAGUCCAAAGUUUACAUGUCAAAGAUAAUUUGUUUGUUAGUAGUUCUGAAGAUGAGAUGGAGGAAGUUAUCGGAGAGAGAAAUAAAGCGCUUCGCCUCGCAGUGCCGCAUCAACCUCACGGAGGAUCUGAUGGACAAAAAGAGGCAGAGAGACUGAUAGAGGUACAGAUGAAGUCACAAGAGGAGACGAGCAAAGAAAAGUUGACAGAAAAACAAGAGGAGCCCCUCAGAAAGACUGAAACUCAUCCUUUAAUACCAGAGCAAAGGAGAAACGAGUCCAUUGUUCUACAGGAGAAAAAUGGAGACGACGUGAAGUCGGAACGCAGUGAGGAGAGCGAGUCAGAAGAGAGCUUCAUCGAGGUAUCAGAAGAAGAACUUCAAGAGGAGGAUGCAGAUGAGGUCGGUGACGAUGGGACCAAACAAGAAGAAAAAGCAGAAGAAAGUUUGACUGAGUCUCCCAGCGGUGUAGCUGCUGCUUUGGAUUUAGAGGAAGAAGAGGACAGCAAAGGGCAGAUUGAAGAGAAUGAGCUGAAGGAGGAAGCAGAGGCAGAAACCAGCCCAACUCCAGCAAUUAAUGAGUUUGAAAACGUUGAUGUUGCUGAACUGGAGGCUCUGGAGAGCUCUCUGCAGGUGGAGCAGAGCAACCUGAGGGAGCAAAAACAACAGCAGGAGAGGAUGGCGAACACAGUCACCGGACAGAUGUACCUGGAGAGCCAGGAGCUGCUGCGGCUAUUCGGCGUGCCGUUCCUGGUAGCUCCGACGGAGGCCGAGGCGCAGUGCGCAGCACUCGACCGAGCGGACCAGACUAACGGGACCAUCACGGACGACUCGGAUGUGUGGCUGUUCGGAGGGCGACAAGUCUACAAGAACUUCUUCAGCCAGAACAAAUACGUCACACAUUUCCAGUUGAGCGACCUGCAGAACCAACUAGGUUUGGACAGGAACAAGUUGAUAAACCUGGCUUAUCUGCUUGGAAGUGACUACACGGAGGGGGUGCCAGGGGUCGGAUAUGUGACUGGCAUGGAGAUACUGAACGAGUUCCCUGGGUUAGGACUGGAGCCAUUAACUCAAUUCAAUAAAUGGUGGUUGGAGGCUCAGGAGAAAAAGCGCUUGGUAGCUGACCCUCGGGACACGAAAGUUAAGAAGAAACUGAGGGAUCUAAAACUUCAGCCUGGGUUCCCCAACCCUGCAGUGGCUCAGGCUUACCUACAACCUGCUGUCGACCAGUCGGGCGGCUCCUUCAGCUGGGGACGUCCACAAAUCGACAUGCUCAAAGAGUUCUGUCAGGGUCGUUUUGGCUGGAGCAGUCGGAAGACUGAGGAGACUCUUCAGCCUGUGAUCAAGCAGCUCAACACCCAGCAGACUCAGCUGCGGAUCGACUCAUUCUUCCGCAUGGAGCAACAGGAAAAGCAGGCGAUCCGAAGCCAGCGACUCCGCCGUGCAGUCACCUGCAUGAAGAGAAAGGAGAGAGAAGGGGAAGAGGAGGAGGAGGACAUCGAGGAGGAAAUGGCUUCCCCAUCCAAAUCUAAGAAAGGGAAGUCAGCAGGCCCGAGUCAGAAGAAAGGAGAAAAUGGAGGCGAGAGAGAAGAGGAGAGGUCAAUGGCAGGAGGAGGGUUUCUGGGGUCAGAGGUAAUUACUGAAUCUGAAUCUCCUCUUACACCUUUAAAGGGUGUGAGCAGCUCCAUUCACGAGGCCCUCUCAGUAAAGGCCGCUGUCCCUCAAUCUACUAAGGCUGUACCACAGAGGGUGAGGCAAAGCAGCAGCAGCAGCAGCUCUGGUGAGGACAGUGAUGGUACUGGUGAAGUUGCUUUGGUUACAGCCCGAUCUGUGUUCGAGAGCAGCCGACGAGGACGUGGUGCUAAAAGCACAAGAGGGAGAGGAAGGGCAAAGGGAAAGAAGCUAUGAGGGGGGAAAAAAUGAACUUCAAGCUUAACAUAACCAUAAAUUGUCCGAGCAGAAGGACGGGUUCAUAAUUUUUCCAAGUCUGUCCUAAAACAACAGUCAGGUGCCCAAAUCAAUAUUGAAAU